AACUGAUGAGUCACCAAAAUCUUCACCAAUUUUGUACUAGGCAAAUACAGUAUUUGCAAAAAAAUUGCAGGACAAGAGUUGGCAUAAUAACCCAACACACCGAGACAAGUGCUGCGUGGACCCUCCAAUUCCUCCGCCGGACCGCCGCCACAGCGUGCACCGAGAACCAAGCGGAAGCAAACCCAUCACCGGCCAUCCCCAUCCAGAUUACUUUUUUGAGCUUCCACUUGGGCCAAAAUCAGCCCACGGGAUCGAUCCCAGAGAAGCGGAGACCCAGAAUCCUGGCACGCGAUCUCCCGGUCUGCGCCCCCUCUUCCAUCGAUCGUCUAGGCUCGCCCCAAAUCAGCCAAUCCAAUCUCUAGCCCCAAGCCCCAAGCCCCAAGCCCCCAAGCCCUAGCCAGCCCAGCGCGCCGCCAGCGUCCACCAUGACCUCGUGCCACCCGCCGCCGUCGCCGGAGCUUCCCGGCGACCUCAUCCCUCGGAUCCUCCUCCGCAUCCCGCCGGACAUGCCAGAAUGCCUCGUCCGUGCCUUCUGCGUCUGCCAGUCCUGGCGCUGCAUCCUCUCAGACCCCGCCUUCUGCCGCCGCUACCGCGAGUUUCACCGCACGCCGCCCCUGCUCGGGUUCGUCCGCAGCCAAUCCCGUAACAAGAUCUACACCAGUUUCGUCCCCGCCACGGCCUUCCGCCCGACCACCACCGUCCACCACGACUGGCUCGUCUGCGAUGCUCGCCACGGCCGCGUGCUCUUCAACGAUCUUGCACGCAAGGACUUGGUCGUCUGGGACCCCAUCACCGGCAUCCAUACCCGGUUGCCCUUGCCUUCGCCGGCUGUGGAAGAGAGCGCAUUAACGGUGUAUUGCGCCGCUGUUGGCUGUGACCACCGUGGCUGCCACGGUGGCCCCUUCCUCGUGGCAUUCGUGUGCGAACGCAGUGCAGCGCACCACAAUCUGAUGUCCGUGCACGUCUACUUGUCAGAAGAUGGCACAUGGAGCUACGACAUGACCUCCAAGAAGCUCCCAGUUGGGCAAUCGGGUUCCACCGUCGUCAGCCAUAACAGCAUUGCAGAGAACACAAUCAACAUCCGCUGGAAAACCAAAAUCUUGGAGUACAACAUGGGAGACCGGAAACUAAAGGUGAUCAACCUACCGUCUGGGUACCAGGGAAGCUCUACUGUACUCAUGACGGCGGAGGAUGGCACGCUCGGGUUUGCCACUGUGGAGGAUUUAUCCAGGCUAUGCCUGUGGUCGAGGAAGCCCGAUCCCAAUGGAGCUUUGGCAUGGGCGCAAUACAGAAGCAUUGAGCUCAAUACGGUACUCCCUGUCCGUUCCUUAUGGUCAAAAGUGGUAGGCUACGCAGAUGGCUUUGGUGUCAUUUUCAUACAGAGACAAGAUGGGUUGUUCACCAUUGAGCUCAACUCAGACCGGGUUAAGAAGGUAUACAGCGAAGUGGGAGCCACCCAUCCACUCGCUCAGCGAAUAUUUCCGUACAUGAGCUUCUACACUCUAGACCAUGCUAGAGGCAUAGUGCCACUGCCAUGAAGACAAUGACAAUCCAGCACCAUGAGCUGCUGCCAUUUUUGCAUGAUGAAUCCUGGAGCUUCAUGGGUAGUAUCGAAGCUCCUGUGGAGAAAUGUGGAGCUUUUGACUGUAGUUGCUCAGUCCUCUCUAGCUAGUCGCUCUAACCGUAUAAUAGGAUUAUUAGUUUGGUCAUUGCUUGAGCACUGCUUUCUGGCUAUCUUGCUUUUACUUCAUUUAGUUGUACUGCUUUCUGGUUAUCUUGCGUUUAGUUCAUUCAGUUUGAAAAAUAUGUUCAAUCUUGGGAAUGAGAGCAAACUGAGGAGUGGCUAUUCAUCAUUGUCCUAACACUACUGAUUGAGGAAGUACAAAGACACAAGAGGGGACAAUGAAAUAUCAAUUAGGCAGAACAGCCGUGAACCA